AAUUCGAAAAUGUCAAAUUGGAAAUUCAGCAAAGCGAGCCGGUUAGUUUUCGCAUGAAAUUAUAAUUUCAAAUGAACUUUCUUUACAACUAUUAGCUGAAAUACUAAGUUUAAUAUCUGUACAAUAUGUCUGAGGUUGAAAAUAAAGUUGUACCGGUGGAAAGCGAAGAGAAAGACUACGUUGAAGAUGGUAAAAACAAGCUGAUUGUUAAGUGCAAAUUCUGUGGAUCUAAGAUAUUAGACAAGAAAUCAGCGAAGUAUAUCACGUUAGAGAAAGAACUCCCGCUAAUGCAGCAAGACAACAACAGAAAGGAGGGCGAAAUACAAAAUGAGUCCGUAAACGAGUUCUACCAUGUCGAAAACAUGUAUACGUUUGAAAAUAUUGGUUUUACGCACACUGUAGCCAAUUGCAAGUACUUGAGUUGUGCGGACUGUGACGCAGGGCCCGUUGGAUACUACGAUAUGGAAACGAAACAUAGUUACGUAGCUAUAUCUAGGAUUGUACAUGCUUAAACAGAUAGAUAGGAUGACUUGGGAUCAAUGAUUGUACCGUAGUUGAUAUGUUUUGGUUACCGCAGUCAUAAGCCAUGUUUCACCACUUUUGGUUGAGUUUUCAUUAGUGUGAUUGGCAGAUCAUUUGAUAUUAUUCUCAACAAAUUAAUUAUCAAACAAUGUGUCAGUUACGAUAAUUGAAAUUCAAUCAGCAGUGAUGAAACAGACCCUUAGUCAAGUUUACAGAAAAACAAAUGAAUGAGGAUUUCUUAUCAUCCUGAAUUAGUUAUAAAUAAAUCAACUGAUACAUACCAUGCAUUUGUUUUUCAGCUUGACUAAGGAUUGGACUAUUUUAAAAUUACGCAAUUUAAGGAUUAUGGCUGUUAGAACUGAGAGUCUAAGUACAAGUUGGUUUUACAUUUAACAAGAACGAAAUAUUACCAUGUUUAGCCCUUUGAUUGGUUAGUUCAUUGGAGUAGGCCAACCAAAGCUGAAUGUGGUAGCAUUUUGGUCUUGUUACCACUACUACUGGUACUAAUGCCUUGUUCUUACUAUGCUAGCAUUUUAGUCAAGUAGCAAGUAUUUAGUUGUUCUUUUCUCGCUUCGAUUUUAUGACAGAAGCUAGAGAGAGCUACUAAAUACUCGCUACUCAACUAAAUUGCUAGCGUAGUGCGAACAAGGCAUAAGCCCUCUGUACUAAAGUAUCAACUACGGUAAUGGUCUUAUUUGAUUAUCCAAUUCUGUUAAUAUUGAUGAUGACACUCUUUUUAUUUAUAAGAGUAAACCCAAAUCUGACCUUUUUUAAAAAGGAUAUUUAUGAAGCCAAUGCAUAUUAUACAUAUUAUUGUACUAGCAGUUCUCUACAGCUUUGUCAAAAGAAAAAAGUAGUCUAUAUGUAUUGAUAUAGAAUACUUUUUUGUCCAAAAAUCGUAUUGUAACAUCGCAAUUGUCUGUCAGAAGUACAUAUACCAAUAUUCUUAAUAGGUGCUCUGCUUAUAAAAAUAGUAAAGAGUAAAUCAAAUCCAAUACAAAUAGUUACACAGUUUAAAAAAGGCAAUCUUAGAAAACAAUAUUACUCAUAGGCAAGUUCAGUCUAAUACUUAUACCAGUUAUACCAAAAGUUUAGGAAAAUAAAAAAAAUAUAUAGAUAGCUAGAAUGUGUAGUUUAGGAGAAAUUAAAAAAAAAUACUAAUAUAAAAUGUUGUUAUUACCUAUAUACAUACCUAGAAUUCUUUCGGUUAUUAUAAAAAAUACACAUCAAUCUAAGGCCUUAGUACAAGUUUGCUUAACGCUUAACGAGAUUGAAACGAGAGCGCGUUCAGUGCUUUGAUUGGUUGGUUCAUAGAGCCGGCCAAUCAAACCUCUGAAUGCGUUCUUGUUUCAUUUUUGUUAUACGUAAAGCACACUUGUACUAAGGGUACUAUAAUUGAUUCUCCUACUGCUGAGUAAAGACUUGUUCUCACACAGAGAAGGAAUGAGAAUUGACUCCUCUUGUUCAAAGAGUUUAGCUGACAAUAGGUCUAAUCUAUGCUCCAAGUGGAAAAAAUAUAUUUAACCAAAUCUGGUUAUUAAAUCUCCAAAAAAGAUUAUAUUAAAUAUAAACCCAAAACUACACAAUAGUUUACUUUAUUGUAUGUAGAAAUUAGAAAAACAAAAUGAAAUUAUUCAUGUGUAAUAUUUAAAAACUGUGUUACAUAAUUGUUAUGUUUUUUGGCUUAAUUACCUAACUAUUUGUUAGGAACUACUAGUCUAACAUGCUUAUGAGCAGCAAAGUCAAAAUUAAAAUUAUUUAUUUCAAAUAGACCACAUCUGAAUGUCAAAGCAAAUUAAAAGUUACAAUAUUAAAAGAAAAAUGUAUGUCUGUCGGUCAGUGUUCUAGUGCGUAGCAUUCGGUAACCCACGACGUUGGGACGGUCGUGCUGCUAAAUAGCGAGUUCCUCGUCAAAUAAUUACGUGAGUAAGCUGAAAAACAUAAUAAUUAAUUUAGUAUGUCUCACGAAAGUUAAUACAUAUUAUUAUAAACAAAAACUCUAUAUAGGUUCACCCCCUAUUACAUGGGACUUAUAACACAAAUGGUGAAAAGUGGGUGUACAUUGUAUAGCGGCAUUAAGUGCCGUAAUGUGCACCUCUGCCUACCCCUUCGGGGAUCAAAGGCGUGACGUUGCUAACAAAAACUCGAGUUAUAAAACUUUUAUCAUAUCAAUUUGCUCAUUACAAUAAUCAUUCCUUGCUUUUCAACAAAGAUUUUUAUUUUUUAAAUAUUGUAUGAAAUGCUAUAGAAAUAGAACUUAUGUAAAUGUGAGCUUAACUAUGAAAUGUGUUAUGUAAAAUAUAUCUAUGUAUAGUGUGUCUAUGUAUUUAUAUUUUAUAUUUUUUUUACUGUAAUAAAAUGCUUUGUUUUGAAUGUA